UCUCCUUCGUCGCUUCCUUGCUCAGCUUUCUCUUGACGGGCAACGUGGAAAGAUGGUGCUUGAUUUGGACCACUUCAGGACCGAUAAAGGGGGUGACCCCGAACUCAUCAGAGAGACACAGAGGAAGAGGUUUAAAGAUGUGACCCUUGUAGAUAAACUCAUCGCUGCAGAUACAGAAUGGAGAAAAUGCCGCUUUACGGCAGACAACCUCAACAAGAUGAAGAAUCUCUGCAGCAAAAGCAUCGGCGAGAAGAUGAAGAAAAAGGAACCGGUCGGGGAGGACGACUCUGUACCGGAAGUCGCCCAGAACGUCGAGGCUCUGACAGCUGAAACUUUAUCGGCGCUGACGGUGACCCAGAUCAAGGCGGUGCGGGUGCUGGUGGAGGAGGCGGUGCAGCGGGCCGACGUCGACCGGCUGAAGUUGGAGGCGGAGCGUUUCGACUACCUCCGCGAGAUCGGCAACCUGCUCCACCCGUCCGUCCCCAUCAGCAACGACGAGGACGCAGACAACAAGGUGGAGCGGACCUGGGGCGACUGCAGCGUGCAGAAGAAGUACUCCCACGUGGACCUGGUGGUCAUGGUCGACGGCUUCGACGGGGAGAAGGGCGCCAUCGUGGCCGGGAGCCGGGGAUACUUCCUGAAGGGACCCUUGGUGUUCCUCGAACAGGCUCUCAUCAACUACGCCCUGAGGGUCCUCCACGCCAAGCAGUACACGCCGCUGUACACGCCGUUCUUCAUGAGGAAGGAGGUGAUGCAGGAGGUGGCCCAGCUCAGCCAGUUUGACGACGAGCUCUACAAGGUGAUCGGCAAGGGCAGCGAGAAGUCGGACGACAACUCGGUGGACGAGAAGUACCUGAUCGCCACGUCGGAGCAGCCCAUCGCCGCCUUCCUGCGCGACGAGUGGCUGAAGCCCGAGGACCUGCCGCUGCGCUACGCCGGCUUCUCCACCUGCUUCCGGCAGGAAGUGGGCUCCCACGGCCGGGACACGCGCGGCAUCUUCCGCGUGCACCAGUUCGAGAAGAUCGAGCAGUUCAUCUACGCCUCCCCGCACGACGACAAGUCCUGGGAGACGUUUGACGAGAUGAUCGGCACCGCCGAGGAGUUCUACCAGUCGCUGGGGAUUCCUUACCGCAUUGUCAACAUUGUUUCUGGUGCCUUGAACCACGCAGCCAGUAAGAAGCUGGACCUGGAGGCCUGGUUCCCAGGCUCGGCGGCCUUCAGGGAGCUGGUGUCGUGCUCCAACUGCCUGGACUACCAGGCCCGCCGCCUCCGCAUCCGUUUCGGGCAGACCAAGAAGAUGAUGGACAAGGCCGAAUACGUGCACAUGCUCAACGCCACCAUGUGCGCCACCACCCGCGUGAUGUGCGCCAUCCUGGAGAACUACCAGACGGAGGAGGGCAUCGUCAUCCCGGAGCCCCUCCGUGCCUUCAUGCCGCCUGACAUGGCCGAGAUGAUCCGCUUUGUGAAGCCGGCCCCCAUCGACCAGGAGACCACCAAGAAGGCCAAGAAGCAGGAGGGGGGCAAGAAGAAGAAGCAGGACCCCCAGGACCUGCCCGCCGGCGUGGAGAGCAUGUCCGUCAAUGACUCAUAAGACCCCCGCCUUUCACCACCAACCACCACCAACCCUCCUCCUCCUCCUCUUCAUCAUCCUCUCGUUGGAGGAGGACAGAGUAGAACCCCCCCAGACACACACACACACACACACACACACACACACACUGGCCCAACGUUGUACCACGUCAGCCGUGCUUCUGAGGAGACCACUGUGAACUCCUCCAUGAGUUCAUUGGUGCCGUCAGGGGAUGCAAAGAGGGCUCUACUCUGUCCUACUCCUUCGAUACUUUGCUCGCUCGUCUCAAGACGCCAUCUUCCCCCCUCCCCGGCUGCCUGAUCCACACUCAAAAAUGGAAAAACAAGAAGGGAAACAGGGCACCUCAGCCCGUUGGCUCUUCUCCACACCGACCACUCUCUCGCUAGCUGUGUACCGUCCAGUGUACAGUAUAAAAUGGUACAGCGGUCAGCAGGUUAAUUAUGGGAUAUUCACGAGAUCAACCAACAGCAGCUGUCGACGCUUCACAUCUCCAGCACAGGGCCACUCAGCUGGUCGAUGGCGCCAUCGGUUAAGAGCGGGGAACGUGUCCGUUUGUUCACUUUGGCAAUAUCGGGCUGUAUGAUGUAUUCACUGUGUUUAUGGCUAGUGUAUAACUCCUGGAUAUAAAGGUGGCCUUGGUUGUUCUGGGCUGCUGGCUUUGGGCCUUGGGGGAUCUCUUCAUUCAUGUUUGCCAGCAGUUGUUUUUCCACCACGGUUGCUUGACUCUAUUGUGAACCACAAUGAUGUAUAUCUAUGAUUGAUGCAUUGACACGUCUGUAAUUGCUAGUAUAUAUAAAUAUCAUUAAGCAUUAAAGGUGGAUCCUGAUAAAUACAUUAAAGCUAAACGGUGGAUCAAUUACCCUAU